AUGACUACCGUGCAAGGAGCGGCAGCGCUACGGCCGCGCAGUGAAGACAUGAACAACAAACCCAACGAUGCGACUACAGAGCGACGACCGUCUGCUCCCUCAAUCCGCACGCCCGGCCCCAGCAGCGGCACCGUCAAGUCGCGCACACGGAAACUUCCUCGCCUUCAGCUAGGAGACGUCGUCACCAACGGCUUCGUAACUCACAUCACUCCGCCAGAGACGCCUUCCAGCCUGUCACCCGGCUUCGAGCAGACCGCCUCUCAGUCGCUCUUCCACAACUACUUGCGUGCCAUGCACGCAUUCGACCCUUCCGUGAACACCAUGCCAGACGACGAUGCCUCACAGUCUGCCAUAGCCCUCAAAUCGGGAGACUUGGUCCUCGUACACUGCAUACACGCCAAUGGCUGGGCGGACGGCACCGUCUUGAAUACCGGCGAUCGGGGGUGGCUCCCCACAAACUACUGCGAGCCGUACGAUCAUUCCUAUCUGCGCAACCUCUUGAACGCCAUGACGCAGUUCUGGGACCUGAUCGGAGGCAGUGAAGAUGCGAGUCUGUCCACCUUCAUCCGCCAGGACUACAUUCGAGGGCUCAUUGCCGGUGUGCGAUACCUUCUGGAACGGGCCGAUUGUCUGCACCGAGAUGCGCCGCUGGUGAAGCAGCAUGUCGGCGUGCGUCGCAUGCGCAAAGGUCUGCUGGCAGAUCUCUCGUCCCUGGUGCAGAUCGCCAAGAGAUUACAGGACACCAUUGGCGAGGCGUUCGCCGGAGAGGUCAUCCAUGUCUUGCUGGACGAUUUGGUUUCCAAGGCGUUCAAGGUGGUCACCAGAGCCGUGGCUCUCACUGACGUCUGGACCCAGGAGACGAGCCACGCCAAGGGCGGAUACAGCCGUUUGGACAUACCGCGCCCUCUCAACCCCCACCCCCCCGAGAAGGCGUCGCUCGCGAUCGAUACCAAGGCUGUGACGGUUCAUGCUCAUCCGACGACCGUGGAUUCCGCCAAAGACUUCACGGUACACCCCGACACCCAUGCAAUCCACAAUGCUUGCGCGGGGGCAGAUGACCAUCGGUCUGAGACCGCUGCCGAAAACGCUGGGCGUGGGCGGCGGUCGAUGGUCUUUACUCCUCCGGACGGCGUGGUCGCGCAUCGGGUAUCCCUCGUUGCACCCGAGAACAACCGCGUCGUGACCACUCCACUGGCCUCUGAGCAGCUGUCCAAGGUUCACGACAUCUGCAUCAGUCACAUCGGAGCCUUUAUCGGGCAUCAUUUGCAUUCGCGGCCAUGCUCGGAAUUAGUCGCUACAAGCGAGCGUCUGGUGGAAGCGUGCCGGAACAUGCUCGAAGUCGUGGACGAGGUGUGCGCGCACGAUUCGCAAGGCUCCCUACCCGUCCAGCAAGCCAAGGAGCAAUUCCAACUCAGGAUCGAGCAACUGGCUACCUCGACGCAAGCUGUCUUCCGAUUUUCCGACUCGUUGGACGAUGAGGCGAUUAUGCUUCCAGACCAGGCCAAUCAUCUGAUUAACGUUGGCACUAGUCUCAUACGAAAUACUGGAGAAUGUGUAAUGCGGACACGCCAAUUGAUCGAGCAGAUAGGCGACUUCCAGCUGCGGACCUCGAUUCUGGCGUUGGCGAGAUCGACCCCAGAGCCGUCGUCACAGGAUGCGCGAAGAGAGGAAGAGGCACCGCAGGAUGAGACCACGAGCUCUCCAAAGCGCAUCUCGCUCUCACACCGAUUGUCCAAGUCGAUGCGACCUCCUCCAACCAAUCCUCCGCAGAAAGAACUGCCUGAUGAUCCCGUCACUUCCAGCCAGGUACAGAGCCCCACGGGAGACGACGCGGUGAGCCCUAUCACUCCAACAACCGCACCAUCGAUCAAGGCCUUUCCGUUGCCUCCCACAAUGCGUCGUCCACGGUCUAUCGCCAGCUACGCGGCAGAGGCCGCGAGUCACGUCGCGGAUUCGCUGAAACGGCCACGCUCAUUCCGGUCAAUCUCCACGAGUCCUGCACGGAAAGACAGUGUCGGCAUGUCGCUCUCCGGUUCCACGGACACCUAUCGCAGCAGUGCACGCGACUCGAAUGCGACGGGGGUGUCGCAGGUCUCGACGAGAGCCACCACGCCCGAGCAUGCCAACGAUGCAGCAAGCUCGGAUCCUGCUCUCAUGCCCAGCUUCGCAAGUCUCUCGAGCAUGCGAUCGUUGGCCACUGAAGACGGAACUGAAGCAGAGGCACUGCUACAGAAGACCUAUGCGCACGAGUUGACCCUGAACAGAGACGGCCAGGUCACAGGCGGCAGCCUGCCUGCCCUGGUGGAACAACUGACGACGCACGACUCCGCUCCCGACCCGCAGUUUGUUACCGCCUUCUUCUUGACGUUCCGCAAGUUCUGCGAGCCGCGCGAGUUUGCCCAAGCCCUGAUUCAACGUUUCGACUACAUCGGAGAUGGUCGCACCGUCGGCACACCAGCUCGACUCCGAAUCUACAAUAUCUUCAAGGGAUGGCUGGAGACGUACUGGAGCGCCGAGGUCGAUAGGGACGCCCUCGGCGAGAUCCGAUUCUUUGGCCUGCACAAGCUGAAGCCCGUCUUGCCGGCAGCGGGUGAGCGACUCGUUGAAUUGACCCGGAGGAUCACCGAUGGCUACGCCUAUGGAACGAUUAGAGGACCGCUCGUGUCUGGUGUGGGGAAGACUAGCAUGUCUCUGAUCAACAAGAAGAGAGGCAACUCGGACUUACCAGAAGCGCUCAUCACAUUGAAGCAGUUGAAUAUGCUGCGCCUUGCCACUGGCGGCGGAGCACCAUGCAGUAUUGUCGACUUUGAUGCGAUGGAGAUUGCUCGACAGAUCACCCUGCGUGUUAUGAAGUCAUAUUGCGAGAUCCGGCCUGAGGAGCUCUUGAGCAUGGACUGGAGCAAACCCAACACCCGCAAGGCCAAGCAUGUGCGGGAUAUGUGUCUGCUGAACACUGACCUCGCACAUUGGGUCGGCGAUUCGAUCCUCGCUCCGGAUGAGCCCAAGAAGAGGGCGGCGAUCGUCAAGCAAUGGAUCAAGAUUGGAGCGGCUUGUGUGGAGCUGUCCAACUACGAUUCCGUCAUGGCCAUUGCCUGCACGCUCAACUCAUCGGUCAUUGCUCGGCUGAAGCGGACCUGGGACCUCCUCAACAAGAAGACCAUGGCCAGGUUUGAGGAGCUGAAGAAUGUGGUGGACACGUCGAGGAACUACACUGCCCUUCGCCGGAGACUGGAGACUCCGACUGCAAGUUGUCUGCCGUUCUUGGGAGUCUAUCUCACCGACCUGACGUUUGUGGUCGCCGGCAAUCCCAAACGACGAGAACUGCCCGGCAGCGCCUCGUCGGAGACGGGCGAAGUCGUUUCCGUCGUCAACUUUGACAUGUACAUGCGCAUUGCUAAGAUCAUCAGCCAUCUGCAGAAAUUCCAGGUCACGUAUCCGCUCAAGACGGUCCCGGAGAUGCAGGCCUGGAUCGAUCAGCACUUGGCACGCAUGAGAGCUGGACAUGACGAGAUGGUCAGUGCCUUCCAUCGAAGGAGCCUGGCAGUCGAACCGAAGCAUGACCACAGGAAGCACUCGCUAGCCGCAAGUGCUUUCGUCCGAUCCGACAGCGAGGAACGACCUCGUACCGCAGGAGGCAAGCACGAGAUUCCUCCUCCCGUGGACAGCAGAUUCGAUCUCUUCAUGAAGGGAUCUUCGUUCAGUAUGCGAGGGACUUCCGCCUUGACUACCGCUGAGGCCAGGGAGGAUGGCAAGCGCUCGAGUGCGCAUUGA